AUGAUCCUGUCUCAGCAGAGAAUCAACUUCAUCACAGGAUUACUCUUAAUGUCAGUGUCUGUAUGUUACAGUAUACUGUCUUGUAAAAAUGGCCACAGUGGCCCAACACACGAGUCCUUGCAGGCUGUCUUUGACCUCCAAGCCUUUAGGCCAGCCGUGAACCUCAGCAAUCCCACCAUAGCCAACAUCUCCUUCACCUUGUAUGCUGUCCUCGGUGUGAAUGAGAAAACUCAGAUACUCACUACUUUCUUGUGGCUCAGACUGUACUGGCACAAUGAGUUCCUGGUCUGGGACCCCAAGGAGUGUGAUGGUGUCACGAAGAUUUCUCUACCUGUAAAGGAGCUCUGGUCUCCGGACAUCAUUGUUUAUGAGUUUGUGGAUGACGACGUCUCCCAGGCAUGUCCUUACGUCUACGUUAACCACACGGGUCACAUCCGCUGGGACAGGAUGCUGCGGCUCGUCUCAUCCUGCAAUCUGGAGAUCUUCAGUUUUCCUUUUGAUGUGCAGAACUGCACAUUUACAUUUGGCUCUUACAUGCACACCAGUAAGAAUGGGCUGCUUUCAGCUUUAAUUCACAGGUGUAUUGUGUUGCUGUGGUUGUCUUACAUAGUACGGGAUGUGAGGGUCAGUCCAGCUCUGCCUUUUAAGGAGAUGUCUCUAAACUCAAAACGAUACCUGGAAGCCAGUGGAGAGUGGGAGCUGGUGGACAUACUAGGAGAGACCUCCAUACUUAAAUUUGGAAUCGACGAAUGGGACAUCAUCACCUUCUGGGUGGUCGUUAAGCGGCGCCCAGUCCUCUACGUGGUCAACCUUCUGAUCCCAAGCUCUUUCCUCAUGCUCAUUGACAUCCUGUCCUUCUACCUGCCUCCCCAUAGCGUCGACCGUGCCUCCUUCAAAAUGACCCUAAUCCUGGGCUACACAGUCUUCCUGCUCAUCAUGAACGACCUGCUGCCAAGUACAGCAAAUGGCACUCCCAUCAUAGGUAUCUAUUUCUCAGUGUGUCUUGCCCUCAUGGUUAUCAGUCUACUGGAAACAGUCAUCAUUACCAACGUCCUCCACCAUAACUCCUUAAAAUAUCGGGAGGUUCCAAAGUGGGUUAGGAUUGUUGUGCUCAAACAUAUAGCAAACCUCAUCUGCUACCGAUAA